GAGCGUUCUUGGUCAUGAUCUCGCUGCAAUGGGAGGCCGCGGAGGCUACGGAGGACAUCGACCUGGACGCACUAGAGACGGAAGUGGUUUGCAGGCCAUUGUUCCAGGUGUUGGACGAGUGCGACAAGUGCGACAACCAGACCGAGCUGCCAGCCCGUGCCGAUCUCUUCUUCGGCAAGUUCGCUCGCCAAGAAAAGGAGACGAUGAAGCUGCGCUGCCUCCGCCACCUGUACUGCCUCCGCCACAUGAGAGAGAUCAGGGAGCUUGAGGAGGCCGGGAUGGAGAUCCCAGACAUGCUGGCGGGCUGGCACCUCCUCGCGCGAGCGGCUGUCCCGCCGUCGGGCGCCGCCCAGGUUCGCAGUCAAUGCGUGGACGGCCUCUGCUGGGCGAAAGUGAAGACAGCCCUGCUCGACGUAUGCGGGGCUGAAGCUAUGCCCGACAAGCGCGACGUGAAACGAGUCGAGAAAAUGUUGGUUGGACAUAACCUGAAGGACGACGUGAAGUACACGAAGGAUUGCGAGUGGGAGCGAGGCCUGUGCUACGAAGACCCGUACCUGGAGGUGGAAGAGUACGAGGACAACGCGAAGCGUGACUACGACGAGCAUGAAGAGGUGACGUCGCGGAGGAGCUGCCGCAGGAGGUCGAGGAGGCCCAAGCGGCGCGCGACGAGGCCCACCUCCAUCGUGGACGCGAAGAAGCGCGUGGCAGAGAUCGCCAAGGCCAAGGGAUUCUACCCGAGCGUCGCCCUCGCCCCCGACAACAACAACCAGCGCGACAGCCUGGGCAGCCGCGCAGGCACCGGCGAUGGAGGUGCCGCGCGGCCCGUCAUGGGCGGCGGGGCGCGGGCGCAGUGGGAGGAGCUAUUUCGUUCGAAGCAGUUCUUACAUGUGGUCGACUGCGGCAUGAGUGACCGACGCUUCCGAUUCGGAAACGGCAAGACCCUGGAGGCGGAGCAAGCGGUGACACUGUCGGCGAGGCCGUUCGGCGUCAAGAAGCAGAUCGCGACCCAUCUCGUCGAGGGUUGGGCGCCGCUGGUGGUCGCGCGGCCCCGCGCAGAAGAACGAGGCUUGAUCCAGGAUUGCAUUGCUGGAAAGUGCGCGAUGAAGGAUCUCGCCGGCAAGGGCUGCAUGAAGUCCAAGCGUGGUGAGAAGGGUUAUUUCAUCAUAGACCUGUUGGGGGAGCUGGGCGCGACGCCAACGGCGCCGCGAACGAUGGGGGGCCCUGCCGACGGAGACGACGGCGGCAGCGACGCGACGGGGGCCGGGGGCCCGUCGGCGCUUGACCCCGACGCUUUUUUUUACCUCGAGACGCGGACGGAGUUCUCGGAGAUCGGCAGCGACGAUGAAACCCAGGCCACGGAGGAGGUCGCGGGCCCGGGGCGCCACCUGAUGGACGUGGACGCCCACUCGGACCUGGUCCUGGCGCUGGAGCAGGCGGCGCCCGACAUUAGGGGCACGCUGCGGGGGCCGCGCAAAAGGAUGGUAUGGGAGGCAUUCGUGGGCCAGGGGGCCUUGUCGCAGGAGCUGCUCGAGUUUCCGCGGAUCGAGGCGCUCCAGUUCAGGGUCGAGGGCGGCUGGGACUUCUCGCAGCCCGCCGUGGUCCGAGGCUUCCCGAGCAAGAUCGACGGCGUCAAGCCCGACGAUCUCUUCUUCGAUCCCCCGCGCAAGCACCGAUCAGGGGCGAAGUACAGGAUGCAGGGCAAGGGCAUGCCCUGCCAGAAGCCCACGAGACUGCAGUCGACCAACAAGGA